AUGGCAACUCUAAGGUUACCACCUUUACCAAAUAUGAAAGAUUUGUUAAAAAUGUAUAAAUUGCAUGCAAUGAGACAGCUUUCUCAAAACUUUAUCUUAGAUCAAAAUUUGUCAGAUAAAAUAAUAAGAAAAACAGGAGAUCUCUCUGAUUGUCAUGUAUUAGAAGUUGGUCCUGGUCCUGGUGGAUUAACUCGAUCUAUUUUAAAGUAUCAACCAAGGAAAGUAAUUGUUGUGGAAAAAGACAAAAGAUUUAAGCCAACGUUAGAAAUGUUGGCGGAUGCUUUUGCAGCAGUUAAUGGUAACAUGGAAAUUAUUUUUGAUGACAUAAUGAGGUAUGAUAUGACUACUAUUCUCUCAUCAACUGAAGCUAAAGCUUGGACAGAUAAAAGUCCAAGGAUUAGAUUAAUUGGUAAUUUACCAUUUAAUAUAUCAACACCUUUGAUAAUAAAGUGGCUACGUGCAGUUUGUGAAAAAACUAGUGCUUGGAAAUUUGGAAGAACUAAAAUGACAUUAACAUUUCAAAAAGAAGUUGCUGAACGAUUAAUAGCUCAACCAUCAGAUUUACAAAGAUGUAGAUUAUCUGUGAUGGCACAAGCUUGGACAAAACCAAUAUUACAUUUUAUUAUACCAGGUAGUUCCUUUGUUCCUAAACCAGACGUUGAUGUUGGUGUUGUAACAUUUAUACCUUUAACUGUUCCACGUACAAAACACGAAUUUACAAUUUUUGAGAAAGUUACACGACACAUUUUUAGUUUUCGUCAAAAAUACAGUGUACGAGGUAUUGAAACAUUAUUUCCUCUAGAACAUAGGAAAGAAUUGGGACAAAUGAUGUAUAAACUUUCUGAUUUGGACCCACAAACAAGACCAAUGCAACUUACAGUAGAGGAUAUUGAUAAACUUGUUAGUGCAUAUAAAUAUUUAUUAGAAAAGCACCCAGAAAUAAGUUUUUAUGAAUAUCGUGCAUCACGCCGCAUAGUAUCAUUAUCUGAUACAAAGAAUCUAGAAGUCGUGGAAUGUACAGACUAAAAUUUGACUAUUAUAAUAAACAUAAAUAACAAUAAUUUUAUUUUUGCUAUACCUUUUUAUGUUUACUUUUAUUCAUAUAUAUCAUAAAUGUUUUAAUAAAUCAAGAGAAUUUAUAAAUUAUUUAAUAUUUAUACUUAUGUUAAUGAUUAUACAUGUAAAUAUUUUUGAAAAUAUGAUUCGUUCCAUUUGCCAGUCUCGUUAUCACGUUAAAUUUUAAUUUUACCAGGUUAACCUAUCAAUUUUAAUUCCGCAAUUACAUUAUUAAAAGUAAUUUAACAACUAUUAUUUUAAAUACUUCCACGACUGUAACAAUUUUAUAUCUUUUCCAACUUAUAUCUUUUUCUCAUAGAAACACUAAAUAACUUAUGAAUGCAAUAAUAAAGAAUUCGAUUAUAUUUUUUAUCGUAAAAAAUUAAAAAUCAUAAUUACAUUAAAAUACAUUAGUUUGAAUCUCAAGUAAUUUGCACGAGACCAGCUCUUUACAUUACAUUGUGUGUAUGUAUAUUGCUUGAAAAUAGAGUAUAAGAUGUAAGUAAUAAUAUACAAGAUACAUUACAUUUUGAACUAGUAAAUGUAUGUAUAAUAUUUUAAUAAUACAUAUAUUGUAAAGAUACAGAAGACACUGAGUAAAAGGAAGAAUUUGAACAUGA